AUGGAAAAAAGCAAGCUUUAUAAAUUAGCCUUCAAAAUAUGUCCACCAAUUGCAUUGAUAUUCAGCAUCCUGGUGACAAUAACAACUCUGUACAUCAACGAAGGAUUGUCACCGCUGUUUAUCUUCAUUUCGAUCCAAGUUUACCUGAACUGGUUUGCAAUUUACACGAUAAGCCAGGGAGAAACGACUGCUAGACGUCAAACACGCGACGAGUCUGACUCUGACAGCGUGGCAAUAACCAUUGCACAGGAAUCUCCUGCAAAUGUGAAGUACUGGUACUGCGACAAGUGCCAGAAUUAUACGUACAAGCCUACUCAGCAUUGCGUAGUAUGCAACAAGUGUUUUCACUACCGGGAUCAUCAUUGCUUCUUCAUCGGCGGCUGUAUCAUCCAGCAAAACAUGGGAAACUUUAUCCUGAUCUGCUUUCACACCUCUCUGGCUUGUCUCUACUCUCUGGUGGUAAUCGGGCCUUAUCUGUAUGAGAAUUUGAGAGAUAUAUUGGAGCAAGAUCCGAGUGUUGUCAACGUAAUCAUCAAUUUUUGCUUUCCAAUAGCAAUAGCAAGACUCUUUAUCUUCGGAAAAACUUCUUAUUUACUAUUGAUAACAUUAUUUGAUACUUUAUUUUCGGUGUGGAUCGUUUGCUUGGUCUACGGAGCUUGGAAGUUGUUCAAUUGCUACACCGGAAGACAACGAUACUAUCCCCAUUCUUAA